UAUUGUCAUCAUCAACUCGGCUUGCAGCAUGGCUUGCAGGCAUCAUGGGAGACGUCUUCCCCGCGCCCGCCUUAGACGGUGUGAUCCGCGGCCAUCUGAUGUCGUAUCAAAAUAUAAUUAACUAAAUAUGUAUUAUUCCACCCAGUGUCAUACAAGUAACAACAUACAAGUGAAGUAGUGUUAUGUGUACAAGACUUGAGCCAGUAUCAGAUUAUAUGUGUGUGUAUAUUGUAUAUACUCAUUGAGAUGCCUAAGGUAUUGAAAGAUUCUCGGUAUGUGACGAGAAGGCAACGAAGACGUCAAAUUAAAGAAGAGUAUCGGAAACUCUGUAAUACCAAUGACAAUUCAUCGAUUCCUCGCCAUAUCCCAGCAACAGUUUGUACUUGUACAGAUACAAAGUCUAAUACAGCUGAGUUCAACAAUGGUGGCAUUACUGCAGACGUACAGCUUGAUCCAAUAGAUUCCAACAAUAUUGCCUUAAGUGAACCUAUUCACGAAAACCUCAAUGAUAAUGUCAACUUUAGUGACAGUAGUGGUGGUAGCUUGCCUCAAAAAUGCAAGCCGGACCCUAACAUUGAUAAAUCAGACUUACGGAAUGAUCUUCGAAACUGGGUUGUUAAUUGUUGCAUCAAUCAUAGCAAUGUUAAUGCUUUAUUGAAAAUUUUAGUUAAACAUGGACACGACGUACCUCUAGAUGCAAGAACUUUACUUCAAACUCCUCGAAAGCUGGAAAUUAUUGAUAUGAGUCCUGGGCAUUAUUAUCAUUUUGGUCUAGCGCAAGGUUUAGUAAGAAGUGUUGCCAAGUAUUAUUCAACUGAAAAUUGUCCGAAAGAAUUACAAAUCAACAUUAAUGUCGAUGGACUUCCCUUGACAAAAAGUUCAGGCAGCCAAUUUUGGCCUAUACUAGCAUCUAUCGAAACAGAUUUUUACACCGAACCCUUCAUCGUCGGUCUAUAUCAUGGUAAUGAGAAGCCUCAUGAUAGUAAUGAAUUUAUGAAGUACUUCACCGAAGAGUGUGAUAGGAUCAUUGAUGCAGGUUUGAGUAUAGGUAAUAAAACAGUUCCCAUUAAAAUUAAUGCAUUUGUUUCCGAUACACCUGCGAAAUGUUUCAUUACUGGAACCAAAGGGCAUAACGCUUAUUUUGGCUGUGGGAAAUGUGUGCAGGAAGGAGAAUUCAUUGAUAAUCGAGUGACAUACCCUGAGACAACAGCAAGAUUACGAACUAACGAAUCAUUUAGACUGAAAACCAAUGAAGAGCAUCACAAAAAAACAUCUAUCCUUGAAAACUUAUUUAUCGACAUGAUAUCAGAUUUUCCAAUAGAUUAUAUGCACUUGGUCUGUUUAGGUGUAAUGAAAAAACUGUUACAGUUUUGGAUCAAAGGAAACAAAGAUGUUAGAAUGACAAAUUUUCACCGUAAACGAGCAAUUUUCGAGAAAGGCAAGACCUUUGGAGGAAGUAGAUCGGUUCAAGGCUACUGA